AUGGCGCACAAGGCUGCCACCGGAAACGAAGUGUCUCUGCACUUGACGAUUACAGUCCCCACUGCGGAGUUUUCAUAUGAACAGCAGCAGCAGCAGCAGCAGCAAGGUGCUGCUGCAAAAGCAGCCAAAAAAACACUAGCAGCAGCAGCAGCCGCAGCAGCAGCAGCAGCAGCAGCACUUGGAGGCGUGAUGAUGUCCCGGCUGAUCAAACGCCUCAUAACGCAACACCGGCUGCUGCAUGAAAAUGAACUCCACGCGAGAAAGGCCAUUCUGAAGGCAAGGGGGACUGCCCGCGUGGCGGCCUCAGAAAAAGACCAAAAGGAAAUGACAGAAAAGCUGCGGGAAGAUAUAAUUCAAAAAAUUAAUUAUGAGGCCCUUUUGGCUCUCAGCGAGGCACAUGCUGCAGACUUGGAAACAAUGCAGCAGUCUCAGUAUGAGGCAGCUCAAUCGACUCUUGCCAAGCCCCCCGUCCGCUGGCGCUCCCUCAUCAGGCUCCAGGAUGGCAUUGGGUGCACAUGCGAGGAGGGAAGCGACACGGCGAAUUUCACAAGAGGGACUGCAACCUUGCGGCUCGCCAUCUGCCGCAGCGCCAGCGGCAUCAUCAACACCCUCUCCCAGGGGCGAACAGUCGAGGUGGCGUCUUUGCCCUGCCAAGACGGCUUUGAGGCUUUCUGCGUUUGCAUCGUUUUGCUGCAAAAGGGUUUGCUGCACAUAGAGAAGUACUAG